ACAUAUGCGCGCACAUGCACAUAGGCACACACAGAUAAGCGCACACACACACACAAACGCACUCAGAUUCCCCGGACCCUGGUUUUCCUCCUGAGACGUUUUCGGGGCGGGGCUCUCACCCUCCAGAAGCAGCCCCGCCUUGGAGUGGCCCCACCCUCUCCUGGGACCUGUCAUAAAGCGGUCCUCGGGCGCCCGGCCGCGCCGUCCCAGCCGCCUUCCCCAGGCAGUGGAACCCUCGGGCUCCUGAGCUUCAGGAUGGUUCGUACUAAGAUAUGGACCCUGAAGAAGCACUUUGUUGGCCAUCCUACUAAGAGUGACUUUGAGUUGAAGACAGCUGAGCUACCACCCUUAAAAAAUGGAGAGGUCCUGCUUGAAGCUUUGUUCCUCACCGUGGAUCCUUACAUGAGAAUUUUAGCCAAAACAUUGAAAGAAGGUGAUAGAAUGAUGGGGCAGCAAGUGGCCAGAGUUGUGGAAAGUAAAAAUGCAGACCUACCAAAAGGAACUAUUGUACUGACUUCUCCAGGCUGGACAACACACUCCAUUUCUGAUGGGAAAGAUCUGGAAAAGCUGCUGACAGAGUGGCCAGACACAAUACCAGUGUCUUUGGCUCUGGGGACAGUUGGCAUGCCAGGCCUGACUGCCUACUUUGGCCUUCUUGAAAUCUGUGGUGUGAAGGGUGGAGAAACAGUGAUGGUUAAUGCAGCAGCUGGAGCUGUGGGCUCUGUUGUGGGGCAGAUUGCAAAGCUCAAGGGCUGCAAAGUUGUUGCAGCAGCAGGGUCUGAUAAAAAGGUUGCCUACCUUCAAAAGCUUGGAUUUGAUGUUGUCUUUAACUACAAGACAGUAGAGUCUUUGGAAGAAACCUUGAAGAAAGCCUCUCCUGAUGGUUACGAUUGUUAUUUUGAUAAUGUAGGUGGAGAGUUUUCAAACACUGUUAUCGGCCAGAUGAAGAAAUUUGGAAGGAUUGCCAUAUGUGGAGCCAUCUCUACAUAUAACAGAACCGGCCCACUUCCCCCAGGUCCACCCCCAGAGAUUGUUAUCUUUCAGGAGCUUCACAUACAAGGCUUUGUCGUCUACCGCUGGCAAGGAGAUGUCCGCCAAAAAGCUCUGAAGGACUUGCUGAAAUGGGUCUCAGAGGGUAAAAUCCAGGACAAGGAAUAUAUCAUCGAAGGAUUUGAAAACAUGCCAGCUGCAUUUAUGGGAAUGCUGAACGGAGAUAAUUUGGGGAAAACAAUAGUGAAAGUAUGAAAAAAAGGACACAUGGAAUCUGGAGGCCAUUUAGAUGAUUACUUAAUUUGUUUUUCACCAUUUAGCAAAAAUGUAUACUACCUUAAAUGUCUAAGAAACAGUACUGGUAAUGAGUUUGAUCAACUUAAUAAAAUACAUUUAAGUGGUA